GGAGGCAGAGGUUGACCUUCCACUGCUCUCUGUUAUUUUUUGAGACAAAGUCUAUUCAUUUAUCUGUAGCUCACCAAUGAGCUAAGGCUAACUGGCUACCAAGGCCUUACUAAUAACCCUUACCUACUGCUAGAGUUAGGGUUAUAGGUACAGGCUGCUGGGCUGGGCUUCGCCUUCCUUCCUUCCUUCCUUCCUUCCUUCCUUCCUUCCUUCCUUCCUUCCUUCCUGUGCUGGGGAUCCAAACACUGGUUUCCAUUCUUGUAUUACAAGUUCUUUACUCACUCCCUGGCCUUCUAGAUGCUUUCCAACAGGUUAUCAUAUAACAGGUUAUCAUAUCUCUAACAUUAUCCUCAAAGUACAGCUGAAGGUGAUUUGCAAGGGUAUUGAUGUGCAGUGUCUUAGCCCUGCAGUCUAGAAUACAAUAAUUGUCAUAAAUAAGCAGCAACUUGGUUCCAUCAACAAUGGGGAUAGGUAACCUUGCCUGUGUCUCAUACUCUGUGCUCGCAGAGGCUUUCAAAUGGCUUUAAAUAAUGACAAUACAAAGGAACGCCUUUGGAAUGAUUUAGGACUAAGAUGCUAGGGGAUUUAAAAAUUUAUUCUGGUAUGCAAUACUGUUAGUUAUAGUAACAGUGUUCUCAUUUGCUGAGGAGUCUCCAUGCAGGCGAAUGUUACAUAGCACACAGGGCUAGGACUCUGAAGGAUCAGGGACCAGAGGCAGCAGAUAGCCUCUCUACUUUGAACAAACCCGAGUAAUCCCAUAGAUGGGGCGGGAGUCACUCUAGUCAUUAGUCUGCCUUUACAAACUAUGAAGCUCCAGUAGAUGCUGUUUUACUGGCAGCUGCCGGGGAAGCCUUAUUCUCAUCUAAAGCAAAGAGAUCUUUUGCCUUUUAACUAGUUAAUAGGAGACUUUGAUCAUUUUAAAUAGCCCUUCUACUGGUGCUGUGCUAGAGCUUACGGAUUCUUUAAAAUUUGUAUGACAAGAUUAAAUGUAGCCUUAAGAGUUGAGUUGGAUUUUGAGAUCCUGAGCAGUGCCCUAUCUGACUUAUCUGCAGUGAAUCACAGGGUUUAAGCACUAAUUAUCAGAGUUGUCUCAUUUGAAUGAAUGCUAUUGUCAUAUCUACAGUCUGCCUUAUGCUUGAGUACAGCUAAGUGUGCUGGUGGAAGCUCAUCGUAAUUAACUGUGUUUUGUGACCUGGGACACAGGUCCAAAAUCAGUGCCGAGCUAGAAAACAUUGGAAGCAAGCUAAAUGCAGAGCCUUAGCAAAACAUCCAGAGACUAAAAAAAGACCCCUCCCCUCCCCUGCCGUGGCUGGGCUUAAAUGUGUUUGGUUUAAUUUCAGUACGUUGGUUCCCUUUGGCUUUAUAGUCUAGGAGAUCCUGUUCAAAAUACUUGCAAGUAAAUGCUGCUAGGAGGAAGAUUGUUGCCAGGAAGAGAGAUUAGACAUAUGUGUUCCCAUUCUUUGUUAAUGGCUUUUGCUUGUUUUGGUUGAAAUGAAAAUGUUCCUGUACUAAAGAGAAAUAAACCCCUCCCUUCCUGUUUGCAAAUGUCUUUCAUUUGCUGUUUAUCUUAAUUAAAUAUACAGUAGAAAAGAGAAUGUAACUGCUGCUCCUUUAAUAUCAGAGCUGUGCAUGCUACAAUAGGUGUCACUGUUUGGCUUCAUCCAAUCCUGAUUGGUGGCUUCAGCUAUUGGCUCGGAGCUCUGGCUGUCUGACUCCGUCUGCAGGGCUGUAAUACCUACUCUCCUCUCCCGAUCCAUUCACCACACAACUUCACCGGCCGGCCGCGGCCGUACUGACUCGCUGGGCUCGCCACAUCUUGCUAACCUAAUUCAGAAAGCAAGCGCCUCAGCUCUCUCUCUGCCUGCCUCCUUUGCUCAGCUUUGCAGGUGAUCCAGAGAACGGCUGGUUUUAUGCGCAAGUAAGAAAACCAGGAAUCAUGAUGGGAAUGUAUUUAACAGAUCCGGUCCUGGAUAAAACUUAAAGCCAGUUUCUCUUCAACAUAGUGAAAAGGUCACCUUGCCUGGCUGGGAAAAGCAGGAAGAAAGCAGCCUGCCGGUCUCUGUUAACAUCUUAGCUCCGGCUAGCCUCUUUGCCUUGAUGUUUGAGCAGUUUUGCGAGAUCUAGCUCUAAAGAGAGACAUCCUGUACUCAUGGUAGAUGAUAAAGAAAAGAACAUGAAAUGUCUCACCUUCUUCUUGAUGCUUCCAGAGACAGUAAAGAACAGGUCCAAAAAAGGUUCAAAGAAAGCCAACAGCAGCGGUGGCGGCGGCGGCGGCGGCAGCGUUGGCAGUGGGAGCAGCAAGUUGCCCCCAGUUUGUUAUGAAAUAAUUACCUUGAAGACUAAAAAGAAGAAGAAGAUGGCUGCUGAUAUAUUCCCCCGUAAGAAGCCAGCCAACUCCAGCAGCACCACUGUCCAGCAGCAACACCAGCACAACCUCUGUAACAACAACCUCAUCCCGGCCCCCAACUGGCAGGGUCUUUAUCCCACCAUCCGAGAAAGUACGUCCUCGCUGUCGGGAGCUCAGUGUUCCAUGCAAUGUUUUACGGAGAACUCGCUGAGGACAAAGAUGAAAUCCGAAUCCCAGACGUCGAACCUGCUGCCUUCCUCGCCAUGCUGAAAUACAUCUAUUGUGAUGAAAUUGACUUGGCUGCAGACACAGUGCUGGCCACACUGUAUGCUGCCAAAAAGUACAUAGUUCCUCACCUCGCCAGAGCCUGUGUUAAUUUCCUGGAGACCAGCCUAAGCGCCAAGAACGCCUGCGUACUCCUCUCCCAGAGCUGCCUGUUUGAGGAGCCGGACCUGACACAGCGUUGCUGGGAGGUGAUUGAUGCCCAGGCCGAGUUAGCGCUCAAGUCUGAGGGAUUCUGUGACAUCGACUUCCAGACACUCGAAAGUAUCCUCCGCAGGGAAACUCUGAAUGCCAAAGAAAUAGUGGUUUUUGAGGCAGCCCUGAACUGGGCUGAGGUAGAAUGCCAGCGGCAAGAUCUGGCCCUGAGCAUUGAAAAUAAACGCAAGGUCCUAGGAAAGGCCCUGUACUUGAUCCGCAUCCCUACCAUGGCCCUGGAUGACUUUGCAAAUGGUGCUGCACAGUCUGGGGUAUUGACUCUCAAUGAGACCAAUGACAUCUUCCUCUGGUACACUGCAUCCAAAAAACCAGAGCUGCAGUUUGUGAGUAAAGCCCGCAAGGGCCUGGUCCCCCAGCGUUGCCACCGAUUUCAGUCAUGUGCCUAUCGGAGCAACCAGUGGCGCUAUCGGGGUCGCUGUGACAGCAUCCAGUUUGCUGUUGAUAAGAGGGUGUUCAUCGCAGGCUUUGGGCUGUACGGCUCCAGCUGUGGCUCUGCCGAGUACAGCGCAAAGAUCGAACUCAAACGGCAGGGCGUUGUCCUGGGCCAGAACUUGAGCAAGUACUUCUCAGACGGAUCCAGCAAUACCUUCCCUGUGUGGUUUGAGUAUCCAGUGCAGAUUGAGCCGGACACCUUCUACACAGCCAGUGUAGUGCUGGACGGCAAUGAACUCAGCUACUUUGGGCAGGAAGGCAUGACGGAAGUUCAGUGUGGCAAGGUGACUGUCCAGUUCCAGUGCUCCUCAGACAGCACCAAUGGCACUGGUGUACAGGGAGGGCAGAUCCCCGAACUCAUAUUCUACGCCUGAACUUUUCUUCUUUUAUGCAGCAUGAGGUGCCCACAUGGGCCCUCCUUGCCUGACGCUUAGCUCAUCUGCAGAUAUGUGGUCAGCACAGGUAAUUUGUAAUGAAUGAAGCAGUAGGCAGUUUCUAAUGUCUUUGAACCUUUUAAUUAUGUACAGGCUAAAAUGCAACAUUCCGCUUUUAACUCUAUGCUUAGAAGAGCCAAGUUCUUACUCAGGCUUUGUGGGUUUCGAGUUGCGUCUGUACGCCUAGGGAGAUCGUGUGCUUUUCCAAGUGCCCACCAACCUCCUACUUCUGUACCUCUGAAGAAAAUUUUGGAUCAACUUGAAUUUCCUUUGAUGAAUGGAAUUAUGUAUCCUAAAGUAGUAUCAUUAUUUUUAAACAGAACCCCUUUCUCUCAAUAAAUAAAUAAAAGCAAAAACAAAGAACAGGUAAACCUCAGUGUACGAAUUUGAAAGAAUAUUUGCUUUGUACCAAGUAAACUUAGAAAGUAAACACUAGGCCAGUAGUCAAGUUUGCUGCUGUUCUUUUACAUUCGUUAUUUCUGGGCCUUGCUUUUAUAGUCUUUGUAUUUCAAGUUCAUAUAUGUGUUACUCACUAAACAGUUCAGACUCUUGAUGUAAGGAAUUAGAUAUUUGUUUAGGCCAUGAUUCCAACUACAAAGCAGACUUAUAUUCUUUCAGGUUAGAAGACAAGAUACCAGAAUGCAGACCGCUUCCUUCAGAAGUGAUGCAAUUGGAAAAUGUCAUUGUUGAUAGAAAGAAAGGUUGCAAACUUGCUAAUUUGUACUCUAAUGGGUAAAAGGGAAGCCUGAAAAUGCCUAUACAACCAGCAGUCAGUUUACCAGUGAGAAAGAAGGAUAUACAAUUCAGAAAAGCCACUCUGGCCUGGUAGUUUUGGACCCCCCACAAAUACACACUCACACACACACUAUUGGUUUGUUCUUAAGUCUUACUGCAUAGGACUCCCGUUUCUCCUCCCCCCUCCCCUGUUAAAAGAGGACCAAACAGUUCUUUAGAGGUAUGGUAUGGAGUAACGGUUUUGUAGCACUACUUGUCAGUGUGAUAAAGUACUUUUUAUGCUUUUUCUUUUAAAUCGAAACAUUCUUUAUCUGAUGUUUGACCAUAGACGAUCUUAUUUGUUGAUUAUGAACAAGCUUCUGGACUGCUAGAACCUGGCCUCUGGCCAUCUUAAAGUGCCAAUAUAUGACUGCAGGGUUUUUGAAAAAUGGUUCGGAGUGACACUGGGUUAUACCGAGUAUUCACCUCAUCAGCAUCACAUGCAGUUCUUAUUUGUCCAUGAUACCAUACGCCAAGAGGGAAAAGCUCGCAGACAACUUCUCCUUUUCCAUGAUGGCUCCUGUUGGCUUAGUGCCUGUGGCCCUGGUAGUGUCCAGUGUAGUCACUUGAAGCUGAAAUAUCCAUGUGUUUCUGGGCAGCUUUUCUGCUCAGUGUGAUCCUGAGAUGGCUCCCUGCCACCCAGAGUGUGGUCCCUGGCCGCCUCCUUCUCCUGCUCUGUAAGCCAAAGUUGACUUAUCUGGAGCAGGGGCUAGUCCUGGGGUGUGUGUGCCUGCGCAAUAUGUGCAUGCAAAUGUGCUUGCCAACUCAGGAACUGCCUCCUCCCUGCCUGGCUAGUGGUGGGUGUGUCAGAACUAACCUACACACCCCCUGCCGGUACCAGCAAUGCCCAGUGAAGUGACUGCUUUUACUCUCUGGGCUUCUGGGCCAUUUCUUCCCUUGGAGAUAUGGGCUUGUGGCCUUUGGCCAGCUUCCCUGGUGGAGGAGAGCACUGGAUUAUGGGAAAUGUUUUAAUCAUUUUGCCAUUACAUACAUCUGUUAACAUAGUUGACCAAAAGCUGUUAUUGAUGACAACUUUCCAAAAUUAUCUCUUAAUUGCUUCCUAAUAAAGGGGAUGACAGGUUGUAGUUUUGGCAAAGCAUCAAUGAGAUAAAGGUACAUUGUCAAUUAAAAUUACUUCAACAAAGGUUUUUGCUUUACAAUUAUGGUUAAACAUUUCAGUAACUCAUAGCUACCAUACAAAUUGGUAUGGUACAUGCAGAGUGACUAGAAGGCACUUACUUUUAAGCCAGAGGAGAAGGAACUUUGUUUAGCACAGAUUGCAUCCUGUAAGAUAGUUGGGCUGGGUGUGAUAGCCUUAAAGGGGCAGUGUCUAUCCCCAACUCACUCUUACUGUGACUGAGCCACCCUCCAUGUGGCUGGGCAAGUGCAGUUCACUGAGGAUGGAAGAACUUAACUUUCUAUUAAUCAUUAUUAUGUUUCCAAAAAGAUAUAUCCACUUUCUGACUUGGCCUAUGCCAAGAACUGUGGGUAAGAUUGAAAAGCUGUACCUAACGUAAGAAAUUUUAGGUUCUGAACCUAUUCUCCUGUAUGCAUUUUCAGCAAACUGAAAGAUAAUGCGCUUGCUUUGGUUUUCUUUGGUAAUUUUGAACUUGUAGUUUGUAAGAAUAAAAAUCAUUGUUCUGACAGGGCUGGCAGCUCUAGUGUAUAAACACAACUUCAUUAAGCAGAAAACGCUGUAGAUGCUUUGCCCAGCAUACCUGGCAGUUUUCAUCAUUGUUCAUACUGGGGAUAAGGGUAACUAGGCUAGCAGUUCUAAUGCAACAUUCUUUAAUCAUAUCUUAAGAUAGUAUUUAAGUAAAUGGUCUAAUUUCUACAUAAUUAUUGCACUGAACUGUCUUUUUUUUUUUUUUUUAAGGUGUUUAAAUAAGCUCAGCUAAUUCAGGACACUGCAUCCAACCGUGCAUCAGUGUGCUUGACUUUAGCAGCUUACCGCAUUAUUUAUGAAGGAAAAUAUAAAUAUGAAGUACCUCAUGUUGAAUGUUAUUGUACUGUAUUUUUAAUGUAACAGUGCAGAUCUUGUUAGACACAUGAAUGUGUAUAAUCAUGUUAAAUGCAAAUAAAAUAAAACUGGUUCAUAGA